AUGCGUGCCUUCAUCAUCCUGCUGAUGGCAGUGACCGCUCUCCUCGCCAGUGUCUCGGGGUCUGUAAGCAACCUCCAAACGUCCCAGAGCCUGGUUCAACCGAUCAAUGCUGCGGAACCCGAGAUGACCCAAGGGCGAUUGUUGCUGCGAACUGCUCCCGUCGACGACGAAGAGAGGGGAGCCGUGGAGGUUAUCAAGGAGCUGGGAAAAUCAACGAAGAAGGCGACCAAGGACACCCUCCACAAGAUCUACGUGAAGUCCUACCAAGGCCUUGAAAACUCUGCGCUAAUCGACCAAGUGGCGGAAUUGUCCCUCCGCAAGAGCUUCAACCCCAAUCAGGUGUACAAGUGGUUGAAUCUUGACAAAAUAGUAAGAUAA